AUGGCAGAAUAUGAAGCAUGUAUCUACGGUUUGGAAGCAGCCAUCAACUUAAGGAUCAAGAUUCUUGAGGUAUACAGUGAUUCAGCUAUGGUAAUAAGUCAAGUAAAAGGUGAUUGGAAGACUCGGGAUAGCAAGUUGAUACCUUACAAGGAGCAUAUCAGAAAAUGGGUACCCUACUUUGAUGAAAUCUCUUUUCAUCAUAUUCCUAAGGAAGAAAAUCAGUUAGCAGAUGCUCUAGCCACGUUAGCAUCUAUGUUCAAAGUCAAAUGGAAGAAUGAAACACCAGCUAUCCAUAUUGACCAGUUAGAUGAACCAUCACAUUGUCUAGCAAUUGAGGCCGACCCUGAUGAUAAGCCUUGGUUCUAUGACAUAAAGACAUUUCUGGAGAAACGCCAAUAUCCCGAGGGUAUAUCAAUUACUGAUAAGAAGGCUCUGAGAAGACUCUCUUCCAAAUUCUUCCUAAACGGUGAUGUGUUAUACAAGCGAAAUUAUGAUUCUGUACUGCUCAGAUGUGUGGAUAGACACGAAGCUAGUACGAUCAUAAAAUCCAUACAUGAAGGAUGUGAUGGUGUACAUGCAAAAGGCCUUGUUAUGGCUAAGAAGAUUCUUCGGGAUGGGUACUACUAG